GGGCUUUAGAACGCCACCGAGCGCUUAACGCAAAGCACACGCGCGUGUUCAACGCAAAAAAAAACCAAAAAAGAAGAGCAAAAACAAAAAGUGGACAACACCAAAAACGGGAAAAAAAAGAGAAGACGAGCCAACAAAACAGCGGACGAUAAAAGUCGCCAGCGGCCAAAAACGCGCUCAUUGCGUGCGCUGUUUUCGCAACGUUAACGGUAGCGGUAACGGUAAAAUAUCAGCGAUACUGAGAUACAACGGAUAUUGUAGAUACACAGAUACGCAGAUACAAAGAUACACAGGAUGAGGAUGCGACACGCAUUUGCUGGAUUAAUUGUGUGCUGGCUGGCAGUUUGUCAACCACAAGUUGAGGCACAAUUCUUUGGCAAUCCGUACUAUGGACCACAACAGGGCUUCGGACCACAACAACAGGGCUUCGGACAGCGUGGACCACGUCAGGGUUCCGUCUCGAAGGCCAACACCAACUCGUAUGAACGUCAGGUGGACUUUGGCAACAACGUUGAGUAUACGCAGGGUGUCUCCAACUCCCGUGCCGUAACCCGUCAGAACGGACAGCGUGUGGUUGCCGACAGUCAGGCGGCGACCCGCGACUUCGAUCUCGGCGGCCUUCAGCUGGGCAACACGCUAACACGCACACGCACCAAUGCGAAUGGCGCCGUCUCCGGGGGCAUUGCGGAUCAGUUCCGCAUCGGCAACUUGGGUCUGGGCGCAUCGCUCUCCCCCGAUAAUCUGCGUCAGGGCUUUGGGCUGCAGCGUGGCGCCGAUGGCGAUGUGCGUCUGGGUCUCGGACUCUUGAGCCUUGAUCUCGACAACAAUGUACAGAACAGCAACUCGCUGGGACAGGCGCAGGUCAAUGCUCAGGGACGAGGUUCGCGCGUCGGCUCGAACAGCAACUCAAACACGAACACGCAACAGUUUGGAGGCGUGCGUGUUAGCGACACGGUGUCCAACUCGAAUGCCUAUGGACGCACACGCAACGGUCAGACAUCGGCGAAUGCCGGCGGCUUCGGUGGCAAUGCAGCGACUCAAGGUUCAACCUUUGGCGGCUUUGGCGGCUUUGGCGGCUUCCGUCGUCGUCGUACUCCACAACCUCAGCCUCAGCAGCAGCGUGUUGUCUAUCAACGUCAGCGUCUGUCGCGCCCCAAGCGUCGUGCGCAAUUCGUGCCCUUCGGCUAUCCUCAACAGAACUUCGGAGGCUUCGGCGGCGGCGGCUUUGGCGGCUUUGGCGGUCAGUACACGGAGCGUCCACGUCGUCAGUUUGAACGACCUGGCGGCUUUGGCGGUUUCGGCGGCGGCGGCGGUGGUUUCGGUGGCGAGUUUGGUGGCGGUGGCGGCGGCUUUGGCGGUGGUGGCUUUGGCGGCUUCGAAGGUGGCUACGAGCAGCCCAAUUUCAACCAGCAGAAGGGACACAAGAAGCAGCAACAUGGACACGUGCAGUCGACGGGCAAUGCCAACGCCCAGGGCGGACCCGGUUUCAAUCAGCAGGCGGCGAGCAACAAUUUCGCCAAUCAGAAUGCGGAUGGCUCACAGAAUUCGGGCAGCAGCAGCAUUGGCUCCAAUCUGGCUCAGGAUGGCAGCAGCGGUCAGGUGAGCUCGGCGAACACCAAUCAACAGAAUGGCCCCAAUUCGCAGACGAAUGGCGCUCAGUCGCAAGCGCUGAACUUCCGCCCCGGAGAGCAACAGGCGAGCAGCUCGAAUGCCAACACACAGCACACAAUCGUCGGCAAUCGCGAAACAAUUGGCUCGAACAGCGGCUCGACGGCAACCAACAACAAUGCCGAUGGCAGCUCCACGAACACCGCCAACACCGAUACACAGGUGGUGCGCGAUGGCAACCAACAGUCGAUCACCUCGGGGGCAAACAGUCAGUCCAUCUUCCAGGGCAACCAGGGACAGGGCAAUUCAGCCGCCAACACCGCAGCGAACAUUAGUUCACAACGCGGUCCCAACGGCUCCGUGACGAACUCCGCUAGCAGCAGUGCCACCGCAACGGCCACGAAUGGUCAGUCGGCGAAUGCCGAUGCCAAUGCCAAUGCCGGCGGACAGGGCAAUGGAGCUGGUGCCAAUGCGGGCGCCAAUGGCGGACAGUUCGGUGGACAGUUCGGUGGUGGCGCCAAUUCCAAUUCCAAUGUCUUUGGCGGAUUCGGUGGGUUCGGUGGCUGGGGCCGAUAAAUUCACUGUUCACUGUUCGUUCUCCACUGUUAACUGUUCAGUGUUAACGGACAACUGUUAACGGCACACUGUUAGCAGACAACUGUUAACUACUCUCAACUGUACUGUUAAG